CGUCAGUUCACUGCCUUUUCUCCCAUUUCUUUUGUAACUACGCUUUAUAAACGACAUCGUUUUUAAGGGGAACGAUCGCCAUCUUCCCGUGUUUUACCUGGAACUGGCAGCGUUUUCCGAGUCAGAGUUUCCCUCACAAGUCGAAUCGAGUGUUUCUCACGUCAAGCGAUCUCGCCUUUGGCAAAUGUUGCCUGCAGGUUAAUUAGCAUUUAGUUUAGAGAAGCAGAAUGGCUGCUGGUAGAAUUGCUCAUGCCACCUUGAAAGGGCCAAGUGUUGUCAAGGAGAUCUGUAUGGGUAUUGCACUUGGCUUGGCUGCUGGUGGUCUUUGGAAGAUGCAUCACUGGAAUGAGCAGAGGAAGGCGAGAGCGUUCUAUGACUUGCUAGAAAAAGGCGAAAUAAGUGAUGUUAAGUAUCCCGAUCUUUGAUGUCACCUUGUUUGGCUAUUAAGUUGAGCAUACUCAGUUUGAACAUUUGAAGAAUAAAUAUUUUGUUUUAAGAUGUGGAGCACAUAUUUGUUUUAACAAAUAAAUGAAGUUUGAUUAUUCACUUA